UGACGUCUUGACCGAGUGGGCGUGUAGCGCGGCGAGAUAGAGGAUCAACAGGACCAAGCAGUCCUUGCCUCCAUUGUAGGAAAGGGACAGUUCGGCCAGACUGUGGAUGCUUAUCAGCCCGACUCAAUGCAGCCAUUCAGAUCCACGACCAACCUGUAUCGCUCGAGUGCUUCAUCGAGGACCUUGAGACUCAAGCGAGUCUGCUCCUGGACGCCUCGUAGGCGAUCGGUGGAUGCCUGGGCGGCCAGAAAGGCAGUGACUCGGGCAUGCACCUUUGCGCAGAGGGCGGGCAGAUGCUCCUCCUGGCCAGGAGCUAUUGUUUCGGUGCGGCCCUGGUCAUCGCUGCGGAUUCCAAGCAGGGUCUCUGGCAUUACGAUGCUUCGGCAUGCGACACACAAACUCGACUAUGCAUGAGAGAUGCUGUCGAGGACACGGAGAUGCCGUCACGUCCGCUAUCCAGACAGUG